AUGGAGUCCGAUGACCUUAUGGCAGUCGGGAAAAGUAGUGGUGAAACUCCGGUGCGACCCUAUGGCACACAGGGUCACACACCAAGUGCUCGACGAAAUGCCCAGCAGAGGAGCAAGAAGCCAGCACGCAGCGCCUGCCUUACUCAGCGCGCAUGCGCGAGCUAUUAUUUGUUGGGAAAUUGGCAGCUUUACCCUUGGCUCACCUAA